GCGUGGUGGUGGUGAAAAAUAGGGCUCAUGUGAUCUGUCACAUGACAGCAGAUCUGCAGAAAGGCCGAAUGGAACUCCCAGCCUGCCUCCUAGGGCUCCUUGCCCUCUCCAUCACUGGCAAAUGCAGUUACAGCCCAGAACCUGACCAGCAAUGGACGCUACCCCCAGGCUGGGUGUCCCUGGGCCGUGUGGACCCUGAGGAAGAGCUGAGUCUCACCUUUGCCCUGAAACAGCAGAACCUGGAAAGACUCUCGGAGCUGGUGCAGGCAGUGUCGGAUCCCCGCUCUCCUCAAUACGGAAAAUACCUAACCCUAGAGGAUGUAGCUGAACUGGUCCGGCCAUCACCAUUGACCCUCCACACAGUCCAAAAAUGGCUCUUGGCAGCUGGAGCCCGGAACUGCCAUUCUGUGACUACACAAGACUUUCUGACUUGCUGGCUGAGUGUCCGACAGGCAGAGCGGCUGCUCUCUGGGGCUGAGUUUCAUCGCUAUGUGGGAGGACCUGCCAAGACCCAUGUUGUAAGGUCCCCACAUCCUUACCAGCUCCCACAGGCUUUGGCCAGCCAUGUGGACUUUGUGGGCGGACUGCACCGCUUUCCCCCCACAUCGUCCCUGAGGCAACGCCCUGAGCCACUGGUGGCAGGGACUGUUGGCAUGCACCUGGGGGUGACCCCAUCUGUGAUCCGAGAGCGAUACAACUUGACAGCAAAAGAUGUAGGCUCUGGUACUACCAACAACAGCCAGGCCUGUGCCCAGUUUCUGGAGCAGUACUUCCAUGCCUCAGAUCUGGCUGAGUUCAUGCACCUCUUUGGUGGCAACUUUGCACACCAGACAUCAGUGGCCCGUGUGAUUGGAAAACAGGGCUGGGGUCGGGCUGGCAUUGAGGCCAGUCUAGAUGUGGAGUACCUGAUGAGUGCUGGUGCCAACAUCUCCACGUGGGUCUACAGUAGUGCUGGCCGGCAUGAGGCACAGGAGCCCUUCCUGCAGUGGCUCCUGCUACUCAGUAACGAAUCAGUCCUGCCAUACGUGCACACCGUGAGCUACGGAGAUGAUGAAGACUCCCUCAGUAGUGCCUACAUCCAGCGGGUCAACACUGAGUUCAUGAAGGCUGCCGCCCGGGGGCUGACCCUGCUCUUUGCCUCAGGUGACAGUGGGGCUGGGUGUUGGUCUGUCUCUGGAAGACACCAAUUCCGUCCUAGCUUUCCUGCCUCCAGUCCCUAUGUCACCACAGUGGGUGGCACAUCCUUCCAGAAUCCUUUCCUCAUCACAAAUGAGAUCGUUGACUAUAUCAGCGGUGGCGGCUUUAGCAAUGUGUUCUCACAGCCUUCCUAUCAGGAGGAAGCUGUAGCCAAGUUCUUGGGCUCUAGUCCCCACCUGCCUCCAUCCAGUUACUUCAAUGCCAGUGGUCGUGCCUACCCAGAUGUGGCUGCACUUUCUGAUGGCUACUGGGUGGUCAGCAACAACAUACCCAUUCCGUGGGUAUCUGGAACAUCGGCUUCCACUCCAGUGUUUGGGGGAGUCCUAUCCUUGAUAAAUGAGCACAGAAUCCUCAACGGCCGCCCCCCUCUUGGCUUUCUCAACCCAAGGCUCUAUCAGCAGCAUGGGGCAGGACUCUUCGAUGUAACUCAUGGCUGCCAUAUGUCUUGUCUGAAUGAAGAAGUUGAGGGCCAGGGUUUCUGCUCUGGCCCUGGCUGGGAUCCUGUGACAGGCUGGGGAACACCCAACUUCCCAGCUCUGCUGGAGACACUACUCAACCCUUGACUUCCCUGCCAGCAAAGCUGGCCUAUCCCUUGCCCUGAAGCUGAUGGCUUUGUCCCUUAUUCUGUCUUGUUGGAAGCCCUGCUGAAUUCUCAACUGUUGACUGCUACUUAAGACAUCUCCCUAACCCUGUCAUGCGGUGAGCUUGACUUGACUCCCAUUCCUAACCUGCCCCAUCAUACUCAGGUUUCCCUACUCCUGCCUCAGGUUCCUUAACAAGAUGCUAUCACCAGCAUUUUUUUUUUUUUUUUGGCUGUCCCCUGCUUCCACCUCUUCUUCCUCUUUUCAACCAGACUCUUCCAAAGGAUUCUCCACACUGACCUUGUGCACUAUUUCAUUUCAUGUUAAGUCACUGCAAUAAAACCACUGUACACUAUUUUA